GGUAAUAGCAGCUUAACACACGGACGUGGUGACUAAUGUUGAAAAGAGUUCUAUUAGCCGGAAAUAAACCUCAUUAAAAUGGACGGAAAAUCCGGGAACCCGCCUCCGUACUCUGGCUACCCUCCUCAGCAGGACCCACCUCAUCAGCAUCCUGCUUAUCAGUAUCCUCCUCCGCAGCCACCAGUCGUUGUGGUUCCUGGUGAAGUUAUUCAUCAAACAAACAUAGUUCGGCCUGUAGUUGUCGGCACACCUGUCGGCCCGAAACCCUCUCAUAUGACAUGUCGGUCUUGCAGAGCAGAGAUUGUAACCAGAGUCGAAUAUAAGUCUACAACAAAAACUCAUUUGAUGGCAUUACUUCUUUGUGUACUAGGGUGCUGGUGCUGCGUUUGCAUCCCGUAUUGCACAGAUUCCUGCCAGAACGCAGACCACUAUUGUCCUAAUUGUAACUCGUACAUCGGAGCGUACUCCUCAUAACAGUCCUUCAUCUCGAGAAGAACUUUACACUUUACAACGUCUGUCACUGUUAAAGAUAAGUUACUUGUGGACCCUAAAGUGAGGACGCUUGUACUCCGUCAUCGUAAAUAUUAACAUUUUAUAACUUUGCAUAAUGGCAGAAGACCAAAUCUAAAGUGUCAGAUAUCGCCAUUGCGUAGGUAUAUUUCUACUACACUUUUGAACUGCAUGUAUGUUGUCAAUAAAAUUACGAGUGUAGUUUAUUUAUAUUGACUAAAUUGGCGGGGAAGAGGACUGGCAUUCUUUCGUGGCUGCAAAAGAAAAUAUGCCAGGUUCAUAACAAGUGGCGGUAGCUGGUCUUUGAUAAUAUCGUCUCUGUUGCAACUGCGUAAGGAGUUUUUACACAGCUUCCAAAAGAAAACAUUCGUCCUCUGAUUGUCGUAAGUGUAUCUUUUUAACCGGUUUCAAA